AUGACCUCCUCCACUGAUGAUUCUGGUGACAUCUCUGCAGAGUUGUUAUGCCAAUCCACUACACCUACAAGCUCUGCAACUCAGACUGAAAGCAUGCCUGUGCUGUCUCAAUCUGGUUCUACAAGUGCUCCUGACAUCCACACUUCCUGUCCAACUCGAGCCUCUAGAUCUGCCACAGGCAAGAAGAACUUGACAUGGUUGGGUGCCAAUGUUCUUCACCUUGUCACGAUCCUCUACAACAAUGACUCCUACCAGCACACUCUGCUGCCAUCUCAAGAAUCAGCUGAGAGUGAUCCAGCCCUCAAACUUUGCAAACAUCCCAUUUUUCAGGAUAUCUCCAAGAUGAUUUUCCCAGGCACAUCUGUCGAUCCCAAUUGCAUCAAGUCCAAGCUGAGGUGGCUGCUAGAGACAUACUACAGGAAGAAGAAGAAGCUUUCACCCACUGGAGCUGGUACACUGCUGGAGGACAUGGAUGCAUCCAACCUGUCCUACAUAUCUUGCAUUGCCCUGUCAACAAAUCUUGACUUCACCAGCAAUGAUGAGCCUGACAUGCCUUCGAAUGGCUCAGCUGACAUACCCAUGGAUAUUUGUGGCAGCGAGCUGUAUGAUCACAGUGCUCAUGGCUGUGGUUUGCCUCCUAUUCUCAACUUGAUUGAACCCACCAACCCCCUGGCUGCUGUUGCAUCCACUUCUGGUGCAUCCUUUGCUGGCACUGGUGAUGAUGACAUCUUUAACACAUCUUUGCCUCCACCUUUGCAGGCUCAACCACCUUCCUCCACUGCUGGUGGUUUGGAUGUCUCUGAUUCCACCUCUUCUCAAUCUUCAGCCCAGCUCUCUCCCAGCACCAAGUGCAAGUGA